AAUGUCAAAAAAAAUUGCUUGAUAUCUUUCAUCAACAAAAUAUUAAUGUUUUCCUUUGAAACCAAGCAAAAGAUUAACAAGAAAUAAAUAUAUGUCAAUGCUUUACAUAUUUACUAAAUAGCAUUAAAUCGAUGUUUUUAUAACAAUGGCAGUUUCCGAGGUGGAAGCAACUAGUGAACUGAAAUUUAAAUAUAAAAUCGACUUGACCAGUUUAAUGGACUCCUGUAGAGUUUGUAUGGCUCAAAACCUGAACAUGACUAGUAUAUUUGAAACAGAAAAAGAUAGUACUGUUGAUGAAAUCUACUUUUGUACUGGUAUUACUAUAAAACGAGAAGCAGGUCUACCCACAAAAAUAUGCAACGGUUGUCUUACCAACCUGUCCGUCGCAUUUAAGUUCAAAACGUCCUGCCUCAUAGCCGACGAAACAUUCCGCAAGAUAGCCACCGCACUGAAGAUCAAGACGGAGGAGCCGGAUGAACCAGAUGUCAGUGACGUGGAGUAUGAGGAGAUAGUAGACUGUAAGGAUGAGGGAGACGAGGACUUCAAAGAGGAAGUUAAGCAUGAACCGGUGGAGGUGGAGUUCUGUGGAGUUCGGAAGAGUACUCUGAUUAAGGUGAAGAAGAGUCUACCACCAAUAAAAGGGCGUCCGCGGAAGACCGCAGCCUCCCUGAAAGAGCCCCGGCGCCUCAAGCAGUCCAAAUUCAAGCGUCUAUGGUGUGAACCUUGUAACAUGAAGUUUGAAACCAAAGAGGAAAGUGAUGAACAUAAGAGAGAAACUCAUAAGGAUAGCCAGAAUUGGGUUUGUGAGAUAUGCGGCAAAAUAUUCACGCACCGUGCGUCUCACUACAGACAUAUAAAAUCUCACCAGCCGCCGCGAUUCGCGUGCGACCACUGCGAUUACAAGACUUGGCAUAAAGACGAUCUCGCCAAGCAUAUCAGAAUACAUACAGGUCUCAAAAUGUACCAAUGCGAGUACUGCACGGCCUCCUACUAUACCUCGUCGAACCUGACGAGUCACAUCCGUCGCUUACACAUGCACGAGAAGACACACGACUGCAACAUAUGCCGCCGCACCUUCUUCGACAAGACCAAGCUUAACCUCCAUCUCGACUCACAUUUAGAGAUUAAAAGAUUCGCAUGCGACAUAUGCCACGCUCACUUCUCCCGCCGCUGUUACUGGAAGAAGCACCUUCUCCGUCAACACGACAUCGUCACCCCUCGCCAACGACCAGGGCGACAGAAAACCAAUGCGCAUUAAAGGGUUUGCUGCCAGGAAUACGAAAAAAAUUGUCAGGUGUAUGAAAUUCAAUAUGGCGGACGUCCAAGAUGGCGGACGGGCUAUUUAUUAUAGUCACGUAAUCAAAAUCCAACAUGGCGAACAUCCAAGAUGGCGCAUUAGCUAUUACAUAUCAUGUGAACGAACUACGGACUUCAUAACGGAAUAACGCUGCUACGCGCUGCGAACUACGUCGUAGUAAAUCUCGAAUUAAUAAGGCGAAAAAAUUUUCGAUCGUUAAGCACUAAAACAAGCUAUUAUAAAUAAUCCAAACUAAAAAGUAGAAAAUAAAUAAUAGUUAAAAAAAACUAAAAAACACGCUUUUUAUAGAAAACCGAACUAAAAAAUAGAAAAUAAAUUUCAAUGAAUAUAAAUUAAUAAUAGUGUGAAUAAAA